GAUCCAUACGACUUGUAAAUGGUGGGACCAAGCAUGAAGGACGUAUAGAGAUCUAUCAUAAUAACCGUUGGGGAACGGUUUGUGACGACCUGUGGGACGAAACAGAUGCCAGGGUGGUUUGUAGACAGCUUGGAUAUCGUGGAGGCAGUUACAGACGGGAAGCACAAUUCGGUGCUGGAUCCGAACCAACAUGGAUGGACGAUGUGGAAUGUUCUGGAGACGAAUAUAGACUGGAGGAUUGCACCUUUCCGGGAUGGGGAACAGAAAAUUGUGGUCAUGGUGAAGAUGCUGGUGUUGUUUGUCUUCCUCCAACAGAUGGAUCUUUACGACUAGUAAAUGGUGCGACACAGUAUGAGGGUCGUAUUGAAAUCUACCAUGACGACCGUUGGGGAACGGUAUGUGACGACAGCUGGGACGACUCAGAUGCAAGGGUUGUUUGCAGACAGCUUGGAUACAGUGGAGGCAACUACACACGGGAAGCGUCCUUCGGCGCUGGAUCAGAACCAACAUGGAUGGACAACGUGGAAUGUUCUGGGAAUGAAUCUAGGCUCGUGGAUUGCGUCUUUCCAGGAUGGCAGAUAGAAAAUUGUGGUCAUAGCGAGGAUGCUGGUGUAGUUUGUAUACCAUCAACAGCGACGUUGCCUACAACGACAACGACACAGUCGACUACCACUACCAGGUCCACUACCACACCAACACAAGGAUCCAUACGACUUGUAAAUGGUGGGACCAAGCAUGAAGGACGUAUAGAGAUCUAUCAUAAUAACCGUUGGGGAACGGUUUGUGACGACCUGUGGGACGAAACAGAUGCCAGGGUGGUUUGUAGACAGCUUGGAUAUCGUGGAGGCAGUUACAGACGGGAAGCACAAUUCGGUGCUGGAUCCGAACCAACAUGGAUGGACGAUGUGGAAUGUUCUGGAGACGAAUAUAGACUGGAGGAUUGCACCUUUCCGGGAUGGGGAACAGAAAAUUGUGGUCAUGGUGAAGAUGCUGGUGUUGUUUGUCUUCCUCCAACAGAUGGAUCUUUACGACUAGUAAAUGGUGCGACACAGUAUGAGGGUCGUAUUGAAAUCUACCAUGACGACCGUUGGGGAACGGUAUGUGACGACAGCUGGGACGACUCAGAUGCAAGGGUUGUUUGCAGACAGCUUGGAUACAGUGGAGGCAACUACACACGGGAAGCGUCCUUCGGCGCUGGAUCAGAACCAACAUGGAUGGACAACGUGGAAUGUUCUGGGAAUGAAUCUAGGCUCGUGGAUUGCGUCUUUCCAGGAUGGCAGAUAGAAAAUUGUGGUCAUAGCGAGGAUGCUGGUGUAGUUUGUAUACCAUCAACAGCGACGUUGCCUACAACGACAACGACACAGUCGACUACCACUACCAGGUCCACUACCACACCAACACAAGGAUCCAUACGACUUGUAAAUGGUGGGACCAAGCAUGAAGGACGUAUAGAGAUCUAUCAUAAUAACCGUUGGGGAACGGUUUGUGACGACCUGUGGGACGAAACAGAUGCCAGGGUGGUUUGUAGACAGCUUGGAUAUCGUGGAGGCAGUUACAGACGGGAAGCACAAUUCGGUGCUGGAUCCGAACCAACAUGGAUGGACGAUGUGGAAUGUUCUGGAGACGAAUAUAGACUGGAGGAUUGCACCUUUCCGGGAUGGGGAACAGAAAAUUGUGGUCAUGGUGAAGAUGCUGGUGUUGUUUGUCUUCCUCCAACAGAUGGAUCUUUACGACUAGUAAAUGGUGCGACACAGUAUGAGGGUCGUAUUGAAAUCUACCAUGACGACCGUUGGGGAACGGUAUGUGACGACAGCUGGGACGACUCAGAUGCAAGGGUUGUUUGCAGACAGCUUGGAUACAGUGGAGGCAACUACACACGGGAAGCGUCCUUCGGCGCUGGAUCAGAACCAACAUGGAUGGACAACGUGGAAUGUUCUGGGAAUGAAUCUAGGCUCGUGGAUUGCGUCUUUCCAGGAUGGCAGAUAGAAAAUUGUGGUCAUAGCGAGGAUGCUGGUGUAGUUUGUAUACCAUCAACAGCGACGUUGCCUACAACGACAACGACACAGUCGACUACCACUACCAGGUCCACUACCACACCAACACAAGGAUCCAUACGACUUGUAAAUGGUGGGACCAAGCAUGAAGGACGUAUAGAGAUCUAUCAUAAUAACCGUUGGGGAACGGUUUGUGACGACCUGUGGGACGAAACAGAUGCCAGGGUGGUUUGUAGACAGCUUGGAUAUCGUGGAGGCAGUUACAGACGGGAAGCACAAUUCGGUGCUGGAUCCGAACCAACAUGGAUGGACGAUGUGGAAUGUUCUGGAGACGAAUAUAGACUGGAGGAUUGCACCUUUCCGGGAUGGGGAACAGAAAAUUGUGGUCAUGGUGAAGAUGCUGGUGUUGUUUGUCUUCCUCCAACAGAUG